AUGAAAAUAGUACAGUUUUUCAGUUUAACUGGAAUCAAGUAGCUCAUGCAUUUUGGCAGAGAUAUCCAAAUCCCAAUAGGCAGGUAUCAGAUUUAUAAUUAUGGAAUAUAUAAAAUUAUAAUAUUUUUUAUUAAUAAAUAUUUGUAAAUUAAUAAAUGGUUCAAAUUACUUUCUUAGUACCCAUGUUCUUACGGAAGAUACUGUAUCAAGAAAGAUUAAAAAUGGCAUGUUACAUACUACAAGACUUUUGACAAAAACUAACAGAGUACCAAAGUGGGGAGAGAGAUUUAUUAGUAAAAACGUUGUAAAAAUUAUUGAAGAGAGUACAGUGGAUCCCAAAACAAAAACUUUGACAACAUACACAAGAAAUUUAGGUUACACUAAAGUUAUGAGCAUUGUGGAGAAAGUUGUUUAUAAAGUAUGUGAAGAAAAUCCUAAUUGGACAAUUGCAAAAAGAUCAGCUUGGAUUGACAGUCAAGUAUUUGGAUUUAGUAGAGCUAUUCAAGCAUUUGGAUUGGAUAGAUUUAAAAAGAAUUGUACUUUGAUGUAUAAUGGGUUCAAUUAUGUCCUAGCACACAUGUUUCCACACACAGCACAAUAUAUGAAUCCACCACUUUCUCAAAUGGGUUUUGCUCAUCUAAUUGAUGAAGGAAUAAAAACUAGUCUCGCGGAAGACUUUCAACAUUCGUUACAAGGAAAAGCGGAAAAAGUAAAGGAUGCUGCUAAAAAAGCAACAGAUUUAGCAAAGAAAAGGGCCGGAACGAUUUAUGCUGCGUACCAACCUGAACAAUCAUAAAUCGAACGAUGUUACUAAUGCGAACAAUAAUCUAAAGUAUAUUUGGCGAUUAGAAACAAUGAAAAUAAAAAAAACAGUUUCAAAAUAAAAUUGGAAGAUAAUUCCUGCAAAUCGACCGAGUGAUGAAUAGGAUGAAGUCUUUAAUAAUUGUUUAGCAUCGUCUAUAAAUUAAUUUUCAUAUUUGAUUAAAUAAGAUUCGUUCGUUGAUGAAGUAUCAGAGGCGAAAAGAAAUUUUCGUUUAAACAAUUUCAAUGGUCAAUUGCGAUGAUAUUCCGUAUGAUUUUAUCACGUUGUCAUUCCUGUGAACUACCAAUUCAUUUUUGAUUUUUAAGAUUCAUAUACGACAUUUUUGUGAUAACAUUUUUAAAGUUAGCAAUUACUGACCAUGUUAAAUAUGGUGCGAAUAUUAUGCGAUGUUAUAUGGUGGUAAUAUUAUGGUGCCGGUGCAUCGUUAAAUUCAGAGUAAAUAAGGUUAAGAUCGGAACAUGAAAAAAUUGUGAAUAUAUGUUUUGUUCUGAUAAUGUUUAAUUGCUGUUAAAAACGACAUUAAGAAUAGAAAGUGGAACGAAAAAUGUAUAUGAUUUUGUAACAUACAUGUUAACAUAGUAUCCAUAAGGAAAAUUAAUCGAGGGUUCGAAAGAAUGCAUUCGUUUUAAUAAGAAUUAAAGCUAAUCUCAUUAAACGAGAUUGGCAAUAGAAAAGAAAGUUAGGAAUCGUAGAUAGCAGGUUAUAGAAACAGCACCCUUGUUUCAUCUAAGUAUUUCAUAUAAGCAUUUUUUUUACUGAUAUGAUUCAUUUUUCAUCGGUUCUAUACUGAUGUCUAAUGUCUUUCGUAUAUGUAAAAUUGGAAUUGCAAUUAAGAUAUCCCGGUGUAUAAAUAUUACAUAUAAUAAAAGAAAUGAUGUAAAUUACAGAUUAUAUCAUGUUUAUGUUGAAAGAAAUUUUAAUGUAAUAUUUAAUGUAAAAUUUAGUGUAAUAUUUAGUUGACAUUAUGAUUCAUGCAAAUAUUAUGUAGACAAAUUGUACAUUAUUAGUAUAUACGAAUAAACUGUUACCUUAUUACAAUA